GUUCGUGGUUUGCGCUCCUUAAAAAGCGAUGUAGCCGCAACCCGACACGACUCGUUUAAAUCACACACUACUCACGGAGCCUGGCAAGGGUAGAAAACCACGAUACGCAAAGCAUCUCUAGACUGGAAAAGAAAUCAACUUUCAGUUAGCUUCAGGACUCCGCUUUUGAGGGAAGAGAGCAGAUUGGAUCGGACUGGAGCAAACUAGGUCGGACGAGCCAUGGUUUUGCAGAAGCUCCUGGGCUUUGGGAAGCAGCUGUUGCGCGUGAAGGUGGUGGACUGCAGUGCGGAAGACUCCCGCCUGGCCCGCUGCCUCAACACCUUUGACCUGGUGGCACUGGGCGUGGGCAGCACGCUCGGGGCGGGCGUCUAUGUUCUCGCUGGGGCAGUGGCACGGCAGAAUGCCGGGCCUGCCAUUGUGCUCUCCUUCCUCAUCGCUGCGCUGGCCUCAGUGCUGGCCGGUCUGUGCUACGCCGAAUUCGGCGCACGGGUGCCCAAAACGGGCUCAGCAUACCUCUACAGUUAUGUGACGGUGGGUGAGCUCUGGGCCUUCAUCACUGGCUGGAAUCUGAUCCUCUCCUACAUCAUUGGCACAUCCAGUGUGGCUCGGGCCUGGAGCGCCACUUUCGAUGAGCUGAUCGGCAGACACAUCGAGCAGUUCUGUCGGCAGUAUAUGAGCAUGGAUGCGCCGGGCGUGCUGGCCGAAUACCCUGACGUGUUCGCCGUGGCCAUCAUCGUGAGCCUCACAGGCCUGCUGGCCUUUGGGGUGAAGGAGUCAGCCGUGGUGAACAAGGUGUUCACGUGCAUUAACGUCCUGGUACUGCUGUUCAUGGUGGUCUCGGGCCUGGUCAAAGGCACGCUCAAGAACUGGCAUCUGAUCCCCGCGGAGGUGCUCAACAGAACCAACUCCUCGGGUUUCAACAGCACGUCGGAGACUGAGGUAUUGCCGGAGAGCCUGGGGGAGGGCGGCUUCAUGCCUUUCGGCUUCAGUGGCGUCCUGUCUGGGGCCGCCACCUGCUUCUACGCCUUUGUGGGCUUCGACUGCAUUGCCACAACAGGUGAGGAGGUGAAGAAUCCCCAGAGGGCCAUUCCCAUCGGAAUCGUCUCCUCCCUCCUCAUUUGCUUCGUGGCCUACUUCGGCGUGUCGGCCGCCCUCACCAUGAUGAUGCCGUACUACAUGCUGGACAAGAACAGCCCGCUGCCCGUGGCCUUUACGUAUGUGGGCUGGGAGGGGGCCACCUACGCGGUGGCUGUGGGCUCCCUCUGCGCCCUCUCUACCAGUCUCCUGGGUUCCAUGUUCCCUCUCCCACGUAUCGUAUUUGCCAUGGCCCGGGACGGUCUCCUCUUCUCUUUUCUGGCCAACGUGAGCGAGAGGAAGACGCCAGUCGUUGCCACGGUGGUCGCUGGGGUCAUGUCCGCCAUUAUGGCUUUGCUGUUUGACCUAAAGGAUCUGGUGGAUCUGAUGUCUAUUGGCACACUCCUGGCGUACACCCUGGUCGCUGCUUGUGUACUGGUGCUCAGGUAUCAGCGGGACAGUCCCGCUCCAUCGUACCACAUGGCCAACAUGCAGGAGGAACUGGAGCUGCGGGACUCAUUCAGCGAGGCCAGUACGGGCAUUCUGCCCGGCAUGGAGGAGCGCUUCAGCUUCAAAACACUGCUCUUCCCUGAUAACCCGGAACCAUCCGGCCUGUCCGGCUCUGUCGUCAACAUCUGCGCAAGCCUGCUCGGCUUCUUGAUCCUGGCUUUCUGCAUUUUGGCGGUGCUCGGGGGCCGAGCCAUCUGGAGCAUCUCCACCCUGAGCAUGAUAGCCGUAGUGUGCCUCCUUCUCACCCUCAUCAUCUGGAGACAGCCGGAGAACAAAAGCAAACUCUCAUUCAAGGUGCCGCUUUUACCCUUCGUCCCCGUGGUUAGCAUGUUUGUCAAUGUGUAUCUGAUGAUGCAGCUGGACAAAGGGACUUGGGCACGCUUUGCUGUGUGGAUGUGCAUCGGCUUUGCUAUCUAUUUUGGCUAUGGCAUAUGGCACAGCUCCGAAGGUGCUCUGGUUCACUCUAUCCCCGACGAGGAGUCCGACACGUGUAAAUCGACCUGCACCCGCGACGGGGAUUCCACGUCACCAGAGAAAGAGGCCUUUCUCUGCACCAAACUUGAGGACAGGAGGGAAGACGAUGGAAUGUUCUGAAGCAGAGCACCUGCAUGACCGUAUCUCUGAUCCGUGACAGUAGGGGCCGCCAGAGAGCCCAAACUAUUAUUGCACUUAGAGUGACGAGACGCUGUAAUGUGGCUGAUUAGCUGUUUUACUUCCUUCUGAGGAAAUCUGGAAGCCUAGCUAGGGAAUCUUCUUUGGCUAGUGAGUUGCCUCUGGAAUUCUGACAACUCAGGAAUUUGUACCCAGCUUUGAAUAACUUAGAAACCAAAACGGUCAAAGAACAUUUCUCUGACAGGAGAUUAGGAGUGCUUUAAUGUCAGACUCAUAGAAGUGCUGUUUAUCAUUGCGAGACAAGACGAAUCUCAUUUGUGUUCCUAUAGCUGUUUCAUCACCUGCAUUCACCACUGUCUUAUCAGAGCAGUCCAUGUUGGAGACAAAAAAAAGAGAAUCAGGGAUCCUUCCUUACUAUUUACCAGUGUAGUGUGUUUAAAAAAGCCAACACCGUGCCUGGCUUGCAUUGUUUCUUGUUUUAGUAUUUCCAGUAAUCUGUUUAGGACUGCACCAAUCUUGUAAAACUUAUGGUGAAACUGGCUGUAACCAGAUUUUUUACACCUUGCACUUGGGAUAUUCUUGCCGUCUUUGUUCACCACUGCCAUCUUGUGGAGUGGUAAAGAAAACACUGAAUGUUUAUUUUCCUUUCUGUAUCCCGAGAGUUCCAGUUAUAGUUUUGGGUACUUUUUCCUUCUCAUAUACUUUGCCUUACAUUGCUUUUCAGGCUUACUAUAUUAUAGUCAGUCUUGGAUUGAGAGCAUUGGACGAGAGUUGUUUAUCGGACUAAAACUUUGUAGGUCAUGUGUAGGUAAUAGACGUUUUCCAAAUGUACAAACUGAUUUAAUAUUGUUUCAGAUAUUGCUUACCUGAAUGAAGAAUAUUUGAAGACAUUCACGUAAUUUCUUUAACCAAUAUCUGCCCUUGUGUGCAGUGAGAUUUUUGUCGUGCAAAAUCGAAUGGUUUGUACAAAAUAAGGCGAUUACUUCAAUGAGUAUUUCUCCAGUUUUAACCUUACCUACAAAUGAGAUACCGUCUCUUAUUUCAAUUAUGUGAACAAAUAAUAAAGACCAUGCCCGUGUGUACAAUACUGUAAGACUGCAUAAAUAACGUUUCUGACAUAAGCUUUAAUCAGGCCGUUAGGAGUAGAUAACGAAGUGUACACUAUCAAUAUUAUGUACAUUAUAUUUGUUUAUAUUCUUUGCGGUAAUUUAUUGUGCAUUUCAAAUUAUGCUUUUUAAAUAGCCAAAAUUGAAAUAUUGAUACAGACAUUUGAGUCUUUUGCUAAAUGUUUAUAGAUAAAUCAGCGGGAAAAAAAAUGACUGCUGUUUUGUCUUCAGACAUUUUCAACACGUGCUUUUAAACAGCUAGUAACGGAAUUUGCGUCAUUCAAGCUUCCUAAUACGAAGGUAUUUUCACACCAUUUUAUUCCCCCAUAUCUCUUUAGAUCUCUGAUUGAACUUUAGAUCUUACAUUAUUUUUGAGAUGUUCAAAAAUAGUUUUGCAGAAAACUGAGAAUGUAUGUCUUUUAGCCCCCAUUGUAAUGUGAUGUUUACGAUAUGUCGCUUCGUCAUUGCAAUUAACUGGCUUUGUUUUUGGACCUUUUCUAAUGUAUUUUGUAUAUUUCGUGUAAAAUCCUUAAUUGGUUAAAAAACACGUCUUGUGCUAUAUCUUCAAAUAAGGUAUUUUUUUCUUUUUUUUUCGUGAUGCUGUAAAUAAAGAGCUUUUUGUGAUAUUC